AAAAAGAAAUUAAUGAAGGUUUUACUGAAGAAGAGAUCUUAGAAAUUGUCAAAAGUAAAAAUAAGAAAAAGAAAAAGAAAAAACAGAAAGAAGAUACUAUUGAAGAAAUAAAAAUUAGCUAUAUAAAAGCUAAAAAAUAUAUAAAUUAA